AUGGAUACAAAAAGCCGCGAGACUCUCCUUCGCACUGAUUUAAACGUAAGUUAGCGCCUCAUGUCAUCUGGAACCUGAAUGACUCCCGCUUUACAGGUUAUCCUUCGGACUGUUGUUCGUUCACACGUUCCGGACAACCUCACAGACACACUAAAUGAUCUCGUAAAUCGUUGUUUUCUCCGGGUAUGUCAUAUUUUUAUUGCCCUGGCCUAACCUGUCCGUUCCCCAAUCAGACCUGCUCGGCAGUAUGCAAACGCUAUUGUGGACUUUGUUUAAUUGUGGCCUCACUCAAAUGGGCUAUUCCGGCUCCCUUCGACGUUUUUCUCACGUUGGUCGCCCAGGAUGCCUGCGAGAGUGGUAGUACAAUUGCCUCCCUCCUUCCAAAACUGACCCUCUCCAACCCAGACUUCCGGUUGGGCAUUUUGGGUGGCAUGAUAGAGGCUCGAAAUCAUCCAAUGCUGUCGGCCACCCUCAAAGCCAGCCUGUGCCAGCCAGAGAUCCGACCAGUGCUGAUUCGCAGUGUAGAACACUUUCUGCGCCACGCAUCCGCACCCGCUGUAACUGCGGAGACCAUUUACCUCCUGACCAAAUGUAUAGAGAGUGUGUCAACGGACGGGCAUGGCGAGGUUCGUUCCGCUUUACGCCUGCAAUUUUCCGUUUUUCGUCUUGAGGCGACAAAGGCAUUAAACGUUACAUGGCAUUCGUCGAUCUAUCCUUGUUGCAGAGCUUAAUAAAGCCGGCCCCCUAAAAGUAUUGACUGUGAUAAAAUGGCAAUAUGUUAUUACCGACAAAGACAAGGAAGACUGGGCAACGGGUUCGUGACCCAGUGGUUAGAGGCGUGGACUUCUAGCUAACGGGUCGCGAGGUCGAGCCUCGGGUGUUCCACACAUCGGGGUUGAGUAUGACUGGUUGACGACGGCUAAUAAGCCAGAAAUGGCCAUUUCCAGUCUCCCUUGUCUUUGUCGGUAAUAACACACUGCCUAUAUCAUGCGCCACUGUGCGCUGCUGGUUGGUCUCUGGAGAGAGCCCGUAAGGCACAACGGAACGAGUGAGUUCCGUAAGAACGAUCGGUGUGCUAAAAUCGGCAAUAAUGUUGCUAUGGUUUUACUUAAUGAAUUACUACUAGAUACGCUUUAUUGUUGUGACUUGCUUCCUUCGGAAAUUUUCACUAUGUGGUGGGAGUUACAAAUCAAUCUCUAUUUGUCUAUGCUUCACAGGAACCUUGUGCCAUCGGUUAGAAAGCUCUCACUUCGGGGCUGGUUUUUCACACUAGGACUACGUUGCGUUAUGUGGCAUGUUGCAGCGCCUGCCCAGUCCGUAGAUUCCGCUUGAUAACGAUCAUGAUGGCCGUUGUUUCAGCACACAGUGGUGCAAACUUUGUCGUCCAUUUAAUGUAAAAUUAAAUAAAAUCUAUCUACCCCGCGACUUCCCAAUCUCUCAUUUGAAUACCGCCAAAUUUGAUGCCAACUUCUCGUAGUGACGGAUUCAUCCACUUUGUAUCCCAGUCCAUGGUAAUCCAUGAUGGCCAUCUUCAUCGGAGUAUUUUUGUGGCGAGGACGGGUUUCGGUGACCUGGGUCAAGAUGGAAUUCGAAGUGUUCGACGGGCAUUUCCAAGGUCCUGAAUGUAUGUUGAAGAAGAAGGUAGGCAGGCGUGUUGUCAUUGGUUACUGGGCAAUUACUGUGAAGAGACGUCGAGCAGGCGAGGCAAAUCCAGGGAUACAGUUGCUGUAGACGGCGAACGAUAAGGACACUUUUUGAGAGCGGCGUGCAAGUAUUCAGGCCUAGCAUCUGCUAUAUCAGACGCCCCAUCCAUGGCUUCCUAUGUUGUAGCCAAACACGUUUCAGGGGUAGCAAGUGAGCCGCCGUGACUUGCUCGUUGUUGCAUCGAGUUCUGUGAGGUGAACUCACGCAAUCCUAAAGUUGGAGUGUUUCUGUCAUGCGAUUACGUUCGCGAAUCUAGAUAAGACUUGAUUUGCAACGCACUCACAUUCUAGUUCCCUCGAGGGUAAGCCAUACAGUCUUAAAUCAACCGAACAAGUUAGCGUCCUCUUUGACAUGAAGUUUCCCCAUGUCUCUAUAACAGGAAUUUACGAAAGGUAAAAAGUUGCCCCUAGAAGAAGGUCGACUACUUCCAAAAUUUGCGCACUUCCAAUCUAGCUUUAAUUUUCUCUCCCGUUGUCCCAUUUUUUCUUUCAACGCUGCAGUUUAGUGAGGCGGAAGGGGUGACGCUCAAAAGUGCCGUGCUGUGUGCCCUGGCUCACUCUGAUGACGCCGAACAGCCUGUGCUGGAUCUCGUCUCUCAUCUCUUUGACAAAAUCUUCGCGCUGGUUCUUGACAAUAGACGUGCUCCCAACCCUUUCUCUCAUUGGCUGCAUACGAGCGUUGUACAGGAGACUCUCCUCGGCUUCCCUAACUGUCUCCAUGAGGCGGUCAUUCUCACAAAGGGAUCUCUGCGUUUGCUGAAGUGCCUCUUGAAACACGUGAACCUCACUUGGGUACUCAUUGCCAUCUCUCUUCCGUGUUUCCUUGCCCUCCCUCUCCUCUUGCUGUCAUUAUUAUUACUGAGAUUCUCUUGGCCCUCUCCGUUUACUGUAGAUCUUCUGCCCAUUCCGUCUACUUGCCGGCCCUUAUCGCCCAUCUUUCCCUCAUAAAAUCUUGACUUUAUUACCUUGUUCAUUUUGAUUCUUCCUUUCUCGCAUCCCAUCUUUCUUAUUGUCCAGCUUCUGGAACAAUCGCCACAUCUCAUGACGAGUUUAAUUCUGGCUUUUGCCUGGAAUUACACGGCCGCCUAUGCAGGGGACCUUGUGAAUUGCAUACUGACUCGCCGGUACGUUACCCUUUUUCCACAUAAACCUGAAAGAGCCCCGUUUGGCCCUCUUCAUUCCGCGUGCUCUUUGAGCGUCUUGCGUACGAGACAUAGUUCAGCGCGUAAAGUUUGAUCUAAUGGUGUCGGCAAUGGAAGUGAGGGCAAACAGCGAAUGCGAAUUGACUCGAAAGCGGUAUUCUCCACGUCGGAUAAAGUUAUUCGCCGUUAGUGCCUCUAUAGCUAACAUAUUGUUGAGGGUCUUUUUCUACUAUCUCCAGUUUUCGUAAACAUCGUUGCCACUAUCUGCCAGCUUGGAACAUGGUUAUGAGUUUAGUACACAUUUGAAUUUUCGGACAAUAAAUUCGGUCAUCCUUCAACAGAUUAACAGGCCUUACGGCUAUCUUCAGGGCACGCCGAAUCCACGUCCGGAAUAAUCCUUUUGCCCCAAAUCCCGCUCAGUUACGACAUGUUAUCACAGAAAAGCAGCCGAACGCAAAAGUAACCCAUCUGUUACAAGUAACAAGGACCUCUGCCGUCGCAUGCGCGCUUUAGUAACAUGUGAGCGACAGUCUCAGUCGACCAUGCCAACCGCCGUCUCAAGUAGGGCGAACUGGCGACUCGCAUGAGAACUUUCCUCUUGAGGAGGAGACCCGUUUUACAUCGACUGCAAUCCAUGUUCCCACUCGCCAUAUUCCAAUGAGAAAACAAGGUCAAUAAGACCGGAUAUGGGAGGGAAUGGCAAUGUUAAGCAGGUCGUUUUCAUGUGCUACACAUGACCCCGUUUCUAAAUCCGUGCGUAGAAGUCCUUUCUGAGAGGUUUCCCAGCCCAUGCGAGGAAAGAACACAGUAAAUGCCACAUCGAGAAGGAACCGCUUUACUCGGGCCCUCUUUUUACAGGAUAGCUGAACUAUCUAAUCGGCAGUCAGUCUUCCAAGACACGACUUUUAGCACGCCACCGUUUGGAAGCGCGUCGGGCUAUGGUAAGGGUCGGACUGAUAAGCCAUAAGGAUGUACUUAAGAGGCAUGUCUCGCUCCCUUCUGUCGUGCACUCACAGCCUGUCUGACCCGACUGGAGAUGCGUUUGGGCGCGGUGGUUGACCUGCCACACGCACAUACGGCAGUGCAGCCCGUCAAACUGCUGCCAUGAGCCACUGUAGCACUAUUGUUACUCCGGCACAACCACUGUUAGGGUGGAGGGUGGGGGGAGGCAAUGUUUGCGGAGCACUACUGAUUAGGUAGUUGGUCUAUAAAUCUGACAUUGGUUUUUCGUCUUCACUAGCCCCCCAAUCACCUUCGUCGCUGCCUUGGAGGCCUUCCUUCUCUUCGGAGAACUAGACUGCCCGCAAAGCCAGCAGCUACGUCAUCUAGAUGAGACGCGCAUGGAUGUUGUCACUGUAGGUACAAACUUUGCGAUGUAUCCUGUCCCGUUUCACUGUCUUUCGACUUGCAUUUUUACAGCCUGCUAUCCCGUCCCACCCAUCUAGAAAUUGCGGAUACAGAACUUCUUGGUGCACUGCGCAAAGCCCGCCCUUAUUUGCUUGCCGUCCGGGGGUUCUGAUGGAACGUUUGGCGAGGUCUUGGCUCUCAAACUUGCUAAAGCACUCAUGGAACACUCCUCAUCCACUCCGGAGUCCUUGGUCGAAUGCAGAUUGAUGGUGUGGUCGGCGUUAUUGCCACUUCUUCCUGAAUCGGUGCUGACUAGGCUGUUUAACGAGGUACAUUACACAAGUCUCUCUACUUACAUGUAGCAAGUAGACGUGUACGAUAUAAUUGUGUAAUUGUUUUGCAGUACUCCGAAGUUGUACUUAUGGGCCUCAACCAUUCAAACGACCUUAUUCGUGCCAAAGCCUGCGCUGCAGUCUGCGUCAUCGCAUCGAAGCUGCCCUCUCUGCACAUUUCCUGUGAUACGUCCCUACCCCUCCGUCAACUGGCUUUCAUUGGACUGACUAGUCUGCUUUCCUCACCCGAUCCGACCGCACGCAACCUCGUGAUUCAUGGGUUUGUCGAAAUGUCCCAGUGCGCUCGUAACAGGUGUGCCACUCUAAGAGGUCACACCAAAGGGAUAUCACAGGAUGCUGCUGAGGGUUUUUGUGUUGUGGGUUAUCCAGACGUGCAAAGACGGUUCUUUGAUCUGAAGCCUGUUAUGGACUCAAAGUCUCCAGCCGAUGCUGACCUCUGUCCACUGAAGGACUUGGGUAUGAGGCGUACCAACUUCUUCCUGUAUUUUUUUACUGUUCCACCAACAAAAAUUAGCUUUUACAGAGUUGUUGGCCUUUGUUUGUUGGAAAAUAGUGCGAAAGGAAUGCGUCUUUCUCAGUCUUGAGUAGCUGGCGAUGUGUUGCGAGCCCCUUCCUGUUUCUCGCAUGCAAUACCAAAUUCUUCCACUUAUAUUUUUUAUUUUUUAAUACUCCACCCUUGGUAACCUUCGGCGAGUUCUCCGAUGAAUCAUGUUAACUGCUGACAGUAAGCUUGUUAUUGGGCCUUAGAUGCAGGUGUGCACUAUGAACUAAGCGCCCUUCUAACUGGACAGCCUUCGCAGCCAUACCAAAACAAACUCAAAGAGGGACCACCUGUUUCCUUAUAAUGCAGUAGAUAGACGAGAGCUCGUUAUCGGGGGUGCAUAAGGUUCAUUGAUGAGCAUAUUUACCUGGUCACAUUUCCUUUCCUGUAGAUGAUCUCCUCCGCUUUGCCUCCUUGCUGUGGUUUCGCCGUGACAGUCGUAUUUCCCCCACCUUUCCAAAACAACCCUCCGUAGUGGGCGGCGACUGCGUCGAUGGGCAUACGACUAAGUUCAUCAGCGAACUCCUGAGCACCCCUCUCCUUCCACCUGGCAUGCCCUACCAACGCCAGAAGACCCUGAUCACCCUUCUACGUCACAUGUUUGAUUUGUUCUACUUUUGGAAGCCGGGCCAGCAACAACGAUUAACGGCAUCCGCAAGGAGCAUCAAAAAGUCUGGUUUUGAACCCUGUUAGUCCGCCUGUUUUCCCCGUGCAUUCGUUAAUACCUUGCUAGUCUCUACCUUUUCAUGCUGCUAUCAGCGCGUACGUUGUGGGGAGCCUGAGAUCACUGUUUCUCUAGCCAAAAGUUCUAUCUACACAAAAUAAAAGCCUAUAUAACUCCUUGCAAAAUUCCUAAAGUUCUCUUUGUGGUGUCUGAUCGCACCCAGGACAAUUCAGCACUAGUACUUGUAGCAGUUAACGCCAAUGCUGAUUUUGCCGUACGGCUCCAGAGUUCUCGGUGUCACGAACCAGCAGAGUCUUUGCCUUAUAAUCGACGGCAUAGACCCCAGCAAUUGUCUGUUGGUAGUUGCAUUUCAGAGCACCGAGUACUGUCCGAUCGAACAUUUUCCGCAUAUCUGAUUUAGGCCCGCACCACCAUCACCACUCCUUCAGUUAACUACCGCGCAAGGAAGUGCUGCUUUGAGCAAGGAUUCGGAGACACAACCUUCCCGUUAAACCUCCAUUCGGGUAGGCGGAUUGCAUGACCGAAGCAUUUGAGACGUCUACUUCUUACCGCGGCGGCGGCGGCGGCGGCGGCGGCGGCGGCGGCGGCGGCGGCAGGCGUUCCCGAUUGGCCGCAGAAUUUAAAGUCUGGAACGCUGUUCAUGGACGAGGGUCAUAGAAUUCUCCGAUAGCACCAGUUGUCAUUUUAAGACAGCAAUGCGUGAAUGUCGCGCUUUGCAAUCGUAAGACUGGACGAUGUUGACUAUGGCUUCCUACAAUAAGACCUUUGUUGUCGGGCUGGACCUCGCGGCAAUAAUAAAAACACUUCCAAAAGCCACAGAAGAUUUUAUUGGCAAGUUUCCCAUGGUGAUUUACCUCCGUCUGACGCCGGCCAGUUAUUUAUACAAAAAAGAGUGCCAGAGGAAGGUAUGAAGCCAUCGAGCAACACCCUGACUCAGUCGGAUUUGCGUCAGACUAAGGCCAGGCAGUGAGGGCAGCAUGUGUUUUUCCGACAGCGUUUUAACGCCGGCAGAUGUCGGAUAAAACCAAGGUCCUCCCAUGUCUGAGCGCUGUUGCUGUCUUCGAGCGCGCUUGUCGGUUCGCGUACACAACUGCAGCACCAUAAGGGGGUCCACGAAUGGUUGCUGUGAUCCAUAACUUGCAGAGGCAUCCGAUCACAAUUUCCCUUCAUGUCGGCUUCUUUCUUAAGGCUGCAGGGCACUGCUAGCUUAACCUCAACAUUCUUAAAACAACUGUAGUGGGUAGACAGAAUAAACCGGAAAACCAUCCUCGCGAUACACGCAGCGGUGUCACAUCCUCUUUCGCAAUCUUCUUUUCUAUCCCAACAAUGGCGUUUUUGUCCCCGCCCUGGCAUACCUCUAAGCAACUUUAUUUUUUUAAUUCAUAAGCCACUGCGAAGAGCUUGCAGGAACUCCUAAAUGAACUGCUUUCACAGCGGGAUUUCCCCAGUCCAAGGGAUCUGUCAACCUGGUUACAGCUGAUAGCUUCCCUGCCGAACGUGAACACUGAGGUGAGUGUCCUCCAAGUGCCUCCUUUUCCCCCUGCUCAGACUUGUGACGUCUUUAGCUGGCCCACAUCUAUUUGUCUGACAAUGUCAUUGCAGCUGUGUGCACCUCCCUACGGCUAUUGGAUUCAAUGGAGACAAGGGUUUAAACGUUCCUAAAUGGGCAUUUCCUUUUUUGGCUGCCCUGUCAGUGGCGCGUAUGGAAUAUCUAAAAACGGGCAGUCAUCUGGAUGGAUUAAUAGCCACCACAACAAUCGCACCGCCAACGGGGGGGGACUCUAGCCCGCUCUCCUAGGACUCCUGGUGAUUCAGAGACGAAACACUUAAAGCUGGCAAUUCUUUCAGUCCGGUGGAUCUGGGGUGUCAAAAUGCUCCAUGCUCUGGCCGUUUCAAUGACCACUACCCUCACGUAUUCAAAUAUGCGUGACCUUAUGUGCUGUUAGUUUUUAGCAUCGUUUGAGGGGCAAGAAACACGCACCUGUAAGCCAUGACUAUGAAAAAGUGCAGACUGCAUGUUGUCCCUGGUGUGAAACAUCUGCCCUGGGCAAUGCGACCCUUUCUGUUAUGUUAGCCUCAAACGUGCAUCAGCAUUGUUUAUUUUGUCCAGGAUAUUUUAAUAAAUCCUUAAUUUUUCCUCGAUAAAUUCUUCUCAAAUCAAUGCAUCUGCUUGGUUACGAGGUCAAAUAAAGCAUGUGGAUAAUUAGACAUAUCGAGUGCUGUUCAUAUUUUCACGCAAAGGGGAGUAUAAUAAGGAGCGACCAGGGUUCGGGUAUUGUUCCCGACCAAAACCAUUCUGCACGGAGAAGGAUAAGGUGUCAGUUAAAACCAACUCUGUGUGUGCAUUUACUCCUUUAAAUGCUUCUGUGGAUCUGAUUAUGUUGGACGUAGGAGUACAAAGAAUACGUGAACACCUUUCAGUAUGACAGAGAAGGGACGAAAUUAGGAGCGAAAAUCGCACCAUUAUCGUGCAUAUUGUGGAGUCAGGGCAUCACGUGGACCCCGAUGAAGUCUUCUGUGUGAUUUGUAAGGCUCCACCGAAUUGCCCAAAACUAUUGGGGCAACGUCUACUAGCAACAUCAGAAGCGAACGUAAUCAGGCUACGCAAGCCGGCCUUGUGCACAAAGAAAACUCCCGUGUAGGCCCCUCACAGUGAUCAAAAGGCAGUUAGCCUGUUAACUGCAUGCUGUCUUUCGCGCCUCUUCCCUUCCCGGCGCUGCUUAUCCCAGUCUUCUUUUACCCACACUACCCAUUUUGCCGGGCACGAUGGUUCUAAUUGCCUGUAAUUAUCCUCUCAUAUUCUUCCUAUAUUUACUCGAAAAGAUGGACCCAACUCGAUUUCUCUACGUGCUCCGUGUUUUACCUACCCUCGUAACCAUAUAAACGCACCGACAUGGUGAAAAUUCGUUGGAAGUUUGGUGGCCAAAUAAUAACCUAAAGCCUUGCCUUCUCAACAGUUGUAUACAGUUUUACAGAAUUGUCUUGAGGCCUUCCUCACUUGAAGUUUUGUGAUGGUUUGGUGCCGACGGCAAAAACUAAACGAGACGCCCAUCUUAUGCAGCGCAUCUCUGCCAUUCAGCGCAUCCUUCGUUUUCCACUCUCUAGGUUCAGGCGGAAAUUCUGUCGAUAUUCGACUCGCAUUGGCCCAGAGAUGUCAACCUACUGUCAGGCUUUAUGGCGGAUAAGCUGGUAGCACUGGCUGAAUGCUGGUGCGAUUUUCACGUCAAUGAAGCCUACUCGGCUGGAUCAAUCCUAUUUCAGUGGCUAAUAACCAGGUUCGUCCGACAUUGAAUGAUAUGUGUUAUCAGUUGAACCUAAGUAGCUUUCCUUUUUAAAUCAUGAUUUGACGAGCCAGGCUUUGUCCGCCAAAGUCUUCAAAGCAAGUUUUGGAAGAAAUUUGCUCAAAGCAUCAAGUAAGGCCUUUUAUUUAUAUUUCAUAUUUUAGUUCUUGUAUCUAAUGCACUUUUAAAUGGUAACGCUUCCAGCACCUAAGUCAUCAGUGCCGUAUCCAUAGCUAGAGCAAUUUUUGUACCGUCUCUUCAGUCCUUCGAUAUUUACCGAUUUUUGCAGCCAGCCAUCUGCACCGACCAUCCUGGCAGUGUUGCUGAAGAAAAUACAAAACCUGUGCGCCUCCAUUCCCAUUCUCACGGACGACCCGGAUCCGAAGGAGUCUUCUAGAAUCAUGCGUUGCAUCCUGGAUUUCCCCGGGCAUGGUAAUGUUUUUUUUAAUUUAACCAGCCCUUGUGAUACCUACUUUGUCUCCUAACCCAGCUCAUUUCAGGCGGGAACUGUUGCAUAAUCUACUCGAUGUACGCUUUCGGAUUGAAGGUAGUGCGUUGUUUCGAAAAGUGGGCCAUUAUCGUGGUUGCUCAUAUGGUUACAGUAUGCCGCAUAUUUUUGCGCAUAAGCCAAGGCGUCCUUUUCUACAAGAUACAGGAACUUUCUGUUUCCUCAUACCCGACCUGCUAUGGCUGAUUUACCUUCUGAUCAUUCUAAGCUCACUAAAAUUCCUUUGAUGGUCUUUGUGUGUUAACUUUUCGGAUUUUUUCAUUAACCGAAUUUCCGCUAUUUUGCGAUGGGCAAUGCCUAAGGCAUCUUUCCGGAAAGAUGGAAUAUAAGUUAUCACUUGAAGUAAAAUCAUGAGAGUGGGUUUAGUCAUAAGUCAAAAGUUAUUAUUGCUAAUGUCAGUUACGUGUCUACAAGGCUAAUAUCCGAUUUCCACUCACGAACAUUUCACCAAAACGAAUUUCCUUAUCUUCUUAUGUAAUUAAUCGCCUUACGAUUUUUCCAAGACAUCACAGCCAUAUCCUAGGGCAUUCGCUUGCUUUCGAGCACAAUAGCGAACUCAUAGAGUACGCUAAUUCAAUGGGGUUUUCCAUCCAUUGUGGGGGUUGAACUGGGAUCUCAAACAGACUGAAUGUGCAGUCACUUCCGUGACGACUUUAUUUCAAAGGGCAAGCGUCCACCGACCUGAUAUACAAGGCGGUCUAACAAUUGAAUUCAAAGACUUGGCACGUGGCGUAGUCCGUCAUCUUAAUGGGCGUGCUUCUUAUUAUGACAGAAAAUGAUGUGAAGCUCACGCAGCCCGUCACACAGCAAAUAUGUCAUAGUUUUGUUUGUUCCUUCAUUUUCAUAAUAUGACCCGACGCGGACUGUAGCGACAGCACUGUGGCAGUCUGGACAAACACGGACGUUAACGGCUGGGGGUGGUCGAUAUUUGGCAAAACCACCACCACCACCACCACCACCACCACCACCACCACCACCACCACCACCACCAUACGACCUUCGUUUGAAUUAAAGAACGCGCAACAGGUGGCGCUGAAAUUAGACAGCUGAUCAUGGAGUCAGUGUGGCUAUCCGCUCUAGAUAUUGCUUGGCAUAGUAUAGAUACCACGUCGGAUAAGGGAUGCCUGUGCAUUUUCAGUAUCCCAUAACAAUAAGUACCUUGUCCUCGAGAUCGUUCCGUUUUCUCAUUACUGCCCAGGGACGCACGUUUUCGCUUCAGCCAACAACCUGUCAAGGCCGUAGACAUUCCUCUAAAUUUAUUGAGCGAAAGCAAUCUGCACUCUGGUGGGACCAGCAACAGUAACCAACCCUGUGGAAUGUCGGAAUUCGACGGACUUGGGUCGAUUUCUUGUGAGUGGGUAAAGUUCUCUGUCAGAACUGCCUCUCGCGCUCAAAUCAUUGCAUUGUGCAGAAUCUUACCAAAGCCAAAUGUCGGCUUGAGAAUUUGCCACAAAAUCAGAUAUCCACUCAAUAAACCACCCAGUAAUUUUGCUCCCUUCCACCCCCAGGUUUUCUGGCUGCCAUCAACGCCGUCUGUUCAUGGGUGGGGCAACCGCUGCCGCUGAACAAGUUUCCCUAUUGUCUGACAGCGGAUCCGGGCGUCAGAAAGGAGUUUUCGGCACGAUUGCAUCAACUGCAACAGGGUCUCCUUUCGCAGGGGUCUCAUCUAGUUCACGCCUGUAUUCACCUCUCCAAUGCUUGUCUCGCCCUCAUGGGCUGUUCGCCCCUCUUUGUAGACCUGACUUCGGAUGUGGACCCCGGCCUGCCGUCUGAUGGUAUUCUUGUAGAAAACAGAGUUUUUACUCUUCUGCCUACUAGGCAAUUUCUCAUUUCAUGGGGGUUGGGGACCCAAGUAGGUUAGCGAGUGAACGGUGUUUUUGCUUACCAGCUGUGCCUAUCGUCUCAGGGCUUAGCUAACCGCACUUCCGGCCAAAAAGGACUCUACACUACUCUUCUGCGUUGGUCAAAAAUUCAAUGUGAUUAUUGUUUGAGUAUGUCUUUGUAAAACAUGCGGCUUUAGCUUCUAGGCUGUCAUUUCACAUGAGAUAUUUCUUCGUCCUUUACAACUUACGAUUUUCGUAUUUCCUAUUUUGGCCAUUAAUCACAUGAGACACUGGUCAUGCUAAUUCUCACUCACUUUGGUGUAUUCCAUGCCCCUGCAGUGCUAUUACUUGCCAGACAGGUGUUUGACUGUAGCCCUUUUUCUCACAACGAAAGACACCCUUUAAGAGGCAUAUAGACAUUUUUGUAGCACCGCGUCCUCGGGGCGGUUAGUUCAAAAAAUAUCCUCCUGCCGGGCUUAGAGCCGUCGAAGGGCAGGACAGCGUUUCGACCAAAAACUACCGAAAAACGUCUAUAUUAAUAAAUAUAGUAGGCAGUUCUCCAUAGUAUACCUACCCCGGCCAUAUACUUUAUCCUUACCGCGGCAUAUCCUUCGCUUAGCCUCCCUGUCAUGCCCUGUAAACCUACUUUCAUAAAGAAGCCUACACUAGGUGCGUUUUUCUCGCCAACACACACUAUUCUUUUCCUAGAUGCCUGAACAGUUAAGUCUUCUGCACCACAGCCGUAGACCUAUAAAUAUGCCAGCGUACGCUUGGUCAUUUUGCCCUGCAAAUUUGCCCUGUUCUUCUCUGAUAAAACUGGUACACUCUGUGAGUUGACCGCAGCAUAUCUCACAGAUUCUACAUAGCUGCCAAAACAAUACCAAUAGUAUACUUGGAGAGUACUUCCACGUUGAAAGCCCGGUUGCCAAUAACAAUGAAAAGUAACACUUUUAUUGAAACACCAGCUGUAAGCAUCUGCACCCUGUCUCUCUCCUCCAUCUGGUUCCUUGCAGCGGGUGCCUCCUCCUUCGAAGUUCUCGGGAAAACAAUUUUGACCUUUGCCUCUAAAGCCAAUCCGCAGUCACUUCGGGCAGACAACUCAGCAACCCCAGGGUAGGCAUUAUACGCGGUUUUUUGGGAAAAAAGACAGCUUCCAUAUCAGUGUCUUCUGUCUUACUGAUCAUUUUCUUUCUCCGACAAAGACUAAGGUUAGUGACCAUGACUCUGUUACGGGGCCAUAAUCAGUUGUUUUGAUUAAGCGUUUCCCACUCGAUGGUUUCCCGUUUGUUCAACCUCAUUACUCGGUGUUUUGUCAUCAGUUAACCUCAGACUAAAAUCCAUGGAUGGAGGUCUACAAAAACUCCUAUAAACUAUAAGAAGACACGACAGACCUAAAGAAGGGAUAGUUGUGAAUUGACUCUGUCGUAUGUGGUACACCAUCUUAGACGGAGUAGUAGAGGAGAUAUUAAGGGAGCCCGUUGGACUUGUCUGACUCGUCAAAGUUAAGCGAAAGUUGGCAACUGAUUGACUAGACCUCGAAUAAUUAUGAGGCCACAGCUCCAUUCAGAAUAUGAGGCUUGACGUUGUCAGCAACCUCAGCUUAUAUCCACUAAAUGUCGUUUCCUCAACCUCUGCGACUACCUUCUCCAGUCCAAACGGGUCUUUCACUCUACCUCCCUGCAUAUUUCACCGCGUUUUACCACCUCGUUUCUAUCUUUUCUUGGGGUUAGGAGCUGAGCUCCGGCGCAGGAUUCAUCUCCUAACCAGCCGGUAUGCAUAACCUCCCUUGACGCCAGCUUACAUCGUGCCACUCCUAGUGUUUUAGGAUACCUGAGAUUUUUUGAUAUAUCAGCUGGAACCGUCAGUUUUGUUUUUUUUCUAUUCUUUGUAUAUGCGAGAGCAGACCGGACGUACGGGCAUUAACUGCCAUUGAACUACUUCCCGAGUAUCAACACAUUCUGUCCUGGGCGUGGAAAACCCUCAAGGUACGUUGUUUCGUGUUUAUGUCCAAACGUAUAGCUAUGUUGUCUGGAGAUUUUUCCGGCUGGGCAAGAGAAUAUGAGCCCCCUCCUGUAUUACAGGUGGCAUUGCCCUUAAUUCCAGGGGGGAGGGGGGGAAGAAUUAGGUCUAGGACGACGUUUAUGGUUAGUUAGGGUUAAGUCUGCGGGAGUAAGUGUUUGAGUUAGAACCAGGGCUAUGAGGGCUAGAGUUACAGUUGAGAUAGGAACCUCCUGGAAUUUAGCAUAAGGUCACCUGUGACACUGUGGGGGGGGGGGGCAUAUUCCCCUGUCUGACCAUUCUGCCCUGAAGUGUCUGAGGACGCGUGGCUAAAUAGCCAGGAGGCUUUUUUAAGCAAACCGUAAUUGUAAUUCAUAGAGCCCCGCGGCUUGCUGUCUACUAUUGCAUGCAUUAGUCUGGAUUAAGUGACCCAAUGAUGAUUUUCGUGGAUGAUGGGUUUCAUCGUGGCUUCCGAAUCCUUCAUGGUGUGAUACGCGCUUAAACUUAUACUUCAGACUGGUUUUGCCAACUGGACCGUCUGUGCCUUCUCAUUCGUCUCCCUGUUUACAGAGCUUUUUUGUUGAAGCCCCCUUCCCUUUCCGCUAUAUCCUUUCCCUUCACUCCCUCCCUUGUCGUCCUCAGGUCUUGACUUCUCACCACCGCUCUCGUUCAAUAUCGUUUUCCAUAGAUGUAGAUACUGUUGGUGAUGUAAUUCUUAAAUGUGAUUUCGGCCAUCCCGCAGCAUAAUCCAAGAUAUCUCAGUCAUACCAGACCGACGGUUUUUGAAUGCGCGUCCUCCCGACCGCUCGUCAAAGUGACAAUCACCGAUGCCGGGAGUCAGCAACAUACGAGUGAAUGACGCUCUUCAUGCUCCUAGAAUUUCGCCAUUUCCCAGCCAUGCCGGCAGAUUUUCUUGUAUUCUCGUGGAUUGGCGCCGAAUCCUGCGACCAGUAGAACCUGGGAAAAGGCGAAACUAGGGGCAUCAACAGCGUCGUUCUCGGGCAUGUUGUUGAUUCCGGACAUCGUAUGGACCCCAUUGAAGCUUUUUCGCGUGAUUUAUAUGGUCCAAUCGGGCUACCCAAUAGUGUGUCUUUCGCUUUAAAGGAAAAGCUCGCAACUAUUGGAUUUUUAAGAGUGUGAACUUUCAAAUCAAGCAUCACCGUAUUUGUCGGUCUACUAAUACUGUUUAUGAAGUAUGCAACGUGGUCCAUAUCUAUCGCCAAAUUUUAUGAACCGUAUAUGGCGCCUAGUGGUGUGUAUGAUUCUGCUUAGAUAGAAAGUGUGUGGCUCAUCGUUUGGGAGCCCUAAACACAAAUGCAACAGCGGGUUGGAUCCAAAAAUAUCUGGGGCUUAAAAACUUUCAUAGAACUGGAAAUUGCUGUUUCUUCCAGUGGCAAACUUGAAGACGAAACAAGCACAAGAAGGCUUUCUUAUGUGCCUGUCGUCUGUAAAAUGUUUGGAUUUAUAAGAUUUUCGCAAAUCAACACAAAAUUCGUGCAACUUAGGAUUAUGCUGCACAAUUACUAACAUUAGAACCCCAUCGAUGUAAUCCUUUCUACUCAAGGUCAUAUUUCAGAGCUUCAGUUAAGACGCGUUGUCCGCUGUUGUUCUCACACGGUCUCCUUGUAGAGGCAAUACGGCAUGUGUCGCUUUAAGAUCAGGUCCGAUUGCAGUCACGCAAGGCAAAGUGCAUAAACCCGUCAGAAAGUGCCGAUCAGUCGCUGUCCAUUUAGACCUGGACCACUGUCGUACGCUUAGGCCUCGACGAAGUUGGUUGACCCACUGCGUGUUCUGUAUCGAUGAGGCAUGCCUUAGAGCCUUUUACAAAAAUUAUUAGUCAGGGGAAUAAGGCCCUUGUGCCAAUGAUCGCCUCUACUUCUCAUCACUUAUUGGUCUGUAGAGAAUAUCGUUCAGGCAACUUCGACAGAAGGUGUCGUGAAUCUGCCGAGUCAAGUCUCAACCAACUUUCUUCGGCUUAAUUUUCUUUAUUUCAUGGAAUGAAUUUAACUGCACACACUAUGUCACUUCAGCUCUUUGUGCGCAAAAAAUUGCCCUUGAAUCACGUUUUCUAUCAGUUUUACUGCUCGGUAAAGUGUGAUCAGAUUUAGCGCCUUCACGCCCUCCUUCGUUUGACUCGUUAAGCUCACAUCGGACGUCCUCGUCACCUGGCUCUACCUCCGCGUUUGUGCGGUGCUUGCAUCUACUGCGGAUGAUGGCUUUCCUGGUCCCGACGUCACCACCAUCUUCGACGCUGAAACUCACCGGAUCCUCCGACUUAUUGGAAACCAGCUGAUUCACAUUCUGAUUGUCUGCCGACAUAAGGUAUUUCUCCGAAUUUUCACCCCUCAUUUUAUCCGUUGUUUUCUUUUCUUCCUACUGACGGUUUUUUUUCAGUGCGAUUUAUCCCAACAGAAUAUUUCCGCAACCCUCUCUCCGCCACAUCCUGCUUUUAGAAAACAUAUCUAACAUGGCCGAUUGACCAGUGAAAAAUCCAUGCCAUCGACGAUCAAUGUUCGUGAUAUGUUGUAGGGCAAAGAGAGAGAGCGUCAACCGGAGUACGUAGGCGCCUCAAUUACAGGCAUUCGUUGCUUUAUCUGUUCGUCUCUUCCCGUACCAAUCCUACCUCUUAUCCGUCACUGCCAUCGAAUCAGUCAGACUGCGUAUGUACGGGCCACCUUCUUUGCCCAAUCACACCCCCUGCAACUGUUAUAAAAUUCUGCUUCUCAAAGCCACUGACUUUAAAACAGAGCCAAAUGUUGGGUGAACUUGGCCCCUUCGUACCAUUUGGAGGAUUUUACCGACCUUUUUCCACAAUUUUCACCAUGCAACCGGGAAGAAAUGCUUCUGACCUGCCUAUUUUCAAUACAGUGAUUCCGAAGGUGUCAGCCCAUCCGGCCGACGAACACACAAGAGCAACCGACGCACCCAAUGCGCUAAACACUGUUGCUCUCCGGAUUCUCUAAUGCAUUCUUAUUGUCUUGACCGUGCAGCCCUCGGACGGACGUUUGUUUCAAAUUCCAACAUCUAAUCUGCCGUGAGAUGGCUUUAUAGGUCGCUUUAGUUUACGGUACAUUUAGAACUUUCAGGGACACCCCUAGUUUGUCCGCCCUACCUGCUGUUCUCUAGUUCCGGUACAGAUUUUCCUGUCCAAUCUUAUGUAAAUGUCCACGUUUGCACUCUUCAGAUGCGCCCUAUGAGGGGUUGUCGCGUAGUUCAUUUUGCGAUUAUGCGGAUGAUUGCCUCUAUGGUUGGAAAGGAUUUCAACACUGAAGUCUCUUCUGCAGGCACUCCACUCAGAUUGCUUUACUCCAGUAUUUUUUUCUUUCUAUAGGGCACUGUGGAAUCUGUGUACCAAAGCCUACAGCAAUACCUCACUGUGACGGCCAGACUGGACGGCUUCCUGCAGUCCUGCGAUAGCAGCGAGGAAACCUCCUUACUCGCCGUGACUCGUGCCCUUUUGGCCAAUCUUAUCAGGCCAGAACAAGUUAUUGACGUCUGCCUGGCUGCGCUGUCGGACUGCAAGUUCUCGGUGACACGUCGUGCUGCCGGCCUCUGGCCCGCCUCUAAAGCCGCUCUCCUAGCAGAACUCAGUGCCUCUCCCAUCGAACAAGUUCGUUCUGACUGCUUUCCACACCUUUGCCAUAAGUCUAACUGUCAUUCACCCUAUCCUACCCUUGGCAUGUCAUACGUCACCUUCAAUCGAUGGUAGACGCACUAGUGAGAGGAUGCAAGCAGGGAGAAAUGUUCUAUCCCUCUGGCUUCUAAACACAGCACCGUUUGCAUUUGCGACACAGCCUAUGGUGAGCCAACUUCUCCCCGUCUCCCUAUUUUCUUUCCAGCCUCUUCUCUCACGCUGGCUAAGCUCCAUAUUAAGCCUUGCAGUCGGCGGUGAUGAGCGUGAGGAGGGUGUAACGUGGGACAGUGAGAACGAUCCACCUCGGGCUCUGGCGCUGCACCUGCUUCGCGGCGUGUUUGGCGACGCACGACUAGGUCCAUCUGCCUUCACUGUCGUUCCGGUGGUUUCCGGUGCCGCUGUUGACGAUUUGCUCACCUUUUUAACCUGCCGCGUUGCUCUUCCGGGCUUUGCAGCUCCACAAUGGACCAUUUCUAACGGAUCACUCCAACUCUUCGGUAGGCCUCUGAUGUCAAUGGAAGCACUGUUUUUGGUUAUUCUUGUCAUGCUGCACGCCUUCGGUCGUUGUUCUUAUUUUUCGGCCGGAAGGUAUGCCCGCUCGUAACGGUAUUUCAGGCAGACGUAGUUGUUGUUCUUGAACGAAGAAAAUCCCCUCUUCCAGUGCCAUUGACACCAAAAGAAGUCCCAUCAAAGUGCACGCGCCAUGUUUCUUCAAUAGUGCAAAACCCAGUUAAUUUCCAUUCUCUCAGACAACAGUUCUAUGCGAUGGCUGGCUAGAUGGAUGUCCUACUGUAGUUUCCGGGCUAGGAAAUGGGCGUGUCCAUAUGUCUUUACAGCACACCAGUUUAGGGUUACAGGAUUGUGGCGCGUCAAGUCUCAUUAUGUGGCGACCAGAAUUCGUCAAGUUGCGAAAUCUCUAUGGCUUGCCACCGUUUUAGACCUCAAACAAUAUUUUUUUUCACCUCCGUUUUUGCCAUGGUUCUGGUCAUUCAUUUUCGUCUCCCACCGUUGUUCCUUAUUCCUCCCUGCCAGCGAUCAUUGUAAUGCGCCUGGUUGGUUCAAUAUACAGUCGACCACCACCCAGUGUCAUGGAGGUUUUCGGGCGCUACCCAACCCUCUUUGACACCUUUGUGACGGCAUUUGAAGAAGUGAACUCCAACACGACAUUAUCCUGUCUUCCCUCCACAGCGAAACUUUUGAUGCCGCUUCUGGGACUCCUCUGUCGUCUUUCACCCUCACCCUCAUCCAUUUUCCCGUAAGUCGAUCGGCAUUUGGUGCUUUGGUGGCUACAUUUCUCCUUUACCAGCAAGUCAUUAAUUGGGCCUGGUUAACUCGGCUGGUUUGGGUUUUCCCUUACAGUUGACAUUUUUCAUACCUGUCGCCUUUAACCAUGGGCACAUUUUGUCAGAACCUGUUCUUUACUUUGCCAGGCUCUUGACUGACUGCCGGCCCCCUUACCGUCCGUAUACUUUUUUCUCAAACUUCUUAAGCGAGAGUAAGCAUCACUUAUAAGACGGAGCCAGGCACGGCAACUUUCCCAGCCCGCCUUCAAAAUUCCGCUCUCGUCGUUAUUUUUUUGUUGUUAUACAUGUGCAGGGUGAGUGAACUCUGGACGCUUGUCGAGACGAGUGAACUUCGGUUUUUUAGCCGUCCCACACAACGGCUGUCCACCGAACCGCCAUUGUUGCCAAUCUUGCUGUUUUUUCGGGGAGCACAUCUGUGCGUGGCGAUGUUCCACAUGUUGUUGUUGUUGUUUAAAAGACACGGACCGUGCCCUUCCAGCAGUCAAAAACCGGGCUAAGUUGUGUCUCCACGGCUAGCAUUUGCAUGGGAUGGUCAGGUUGAAGGAUGGCUCACGGUAGUUUUCGAAAUUCAAGAAUGGAUGUCUCCAUUCCUCCCCUCUGCGUGCCAGUUUAAGGUUACGAAAUUGUGUUAAACGGCGGUGCGUCAAGUCUGCUGUUUCACGAUCCGCACGAUGUGGGCGCACUGCGUAACCCUCAGCUAGGGCUGCGGCGAACGCCCCCACCCGGGAGCAUCUGGCGGGCUUACUUCAGUCCACAGUGUUGUCCUACGAGGCGCCGAAGAUGCCGAUGUGAUUAGUGAUAUCGAGUACUCGAGUUGACCACAGAGAGCGAAGCACCACAGGAAGAACCUCUUAUUUCUUUAAGAUUACCUCACUGUUACUGGAUGGAUGACUGACUCUCACCGAUUGCCAUAAGCUACUGUCCGGCAAUUUUUCAACUUCAGUCACGAUCUGCAGUUCGCGUGGCCAUAUUCUAACAGCUCUGAACUUGCUUUUUAGGGUUGAUCGCCAGGCGGCAUUGCGAAAUGCUGUUCUCCCCCUGUUGGGUCAUCCAGUUGCGAAGAUUCGUCGCCUCGCCGCCGACGUUCUCACUACCUUCUUAUCACCCUCCACCUGCCCUCCUCUGAGUCCGCUACGGCCUCUGUGGAUGACGUCUUCUACAGACCGUCAAGGGGAGGCCAAUUGCAUCCUCUCUUCUGGCCUCCCCCAGGCCCCCAACAGUCUCGCUAACAUGUGCUCUGGGGAUUUAUAUAUGCUCAGUGCCUGGUUGAAAAAUUCGCCUACGCAAACCGUGGCCGUGCAUCGAGCAGGGUAUAUAAACGUAUCCUUUUUCAUGCACGUUACUUUGUCCCAUGUUUAUGUCCAUGUUUUUGUUAGAAAAAGGGGGAUGUAGAAUGUCCCGCCCCAUAUAUUCUUUUGUGAAUUGCCUCGUAUAAAGAGGUAGCAUACGCGACUGCUUCAUCCUCGAACUGACAGCUGUCAUGAACCAACUGGCGCCAACUUAUCACUGAGAAGAGCCCAGGAUUAAUGUAAAUGGAACUGGACUCACACCCAUAGACAAAUCCGAGCUGUUGUCCUGACAACGUCCCUGUGUAUGGCGGAGGCAUGGUACGCGUAAGGAGGCUGGGCGAGAAAACUUAAUCAUUUUUGAUUCAAAUAUUUCCAGAUAAUACUAGAAUUAAAAUGACCUACAGUGCUCCCAGACACCGAGAUCCUGGGAAGAAUUGGCGUCCAUGGCAUGCCGAGGCAGAGGCAGUUGCGAUGUACUUGCCAUGUCGUACGGAUGAAUGGCGAGCGCCUGCCCAAGAUACGGGUGUUUGCAGUCAAGAGAGACAAAAGCCUCACUGCAAGGACACCUCAAAGACCACCCUCAAACACAUGCAACUCAACCCUGGAAUCUAGAAGACCCGCUUGAGAUUGUCAGGCAUAGCGCAUUGCCGUGAGAGCUAGAAUCUCCAAUCUACGAAAUCUGUCGUAUAAAAAAGUUUAAAGUGAAUGGGGGUCACGCAACUCUCGAAUAACACGGACCAACACAACAACCACUUAAUACCUGCUAUCAUGUCCGUAUCGCCAACUGACGUCUACAGCAUGCAUCGAACCCGUCCGACACCUUCGAUGUCACCGUUUAAACAGCCCAGCAAAAUCCGCCUGCCUUGCAAUUCUUACCGUCACCAGUAAUACAGACUCAGCUCCAACCUGUCGCACCGUGUCUGUCUAACAGAGUUCUUAGAUCCCCAGCCGGUCACACACGCCUCACCUGUCCACAUUGCCCAAGGACGUCCAUCCGUCUUUUCAUAGCAGCGUUGACACAACCAACGGACGUCCCACACCACCGCCAACUCCGAAAACACGGCAUUUCGAUCGUCGUUUCCGACGAUGUCCAGUGUGUGCGCCACAGCAGGGUGAAUCAGGCACGGUGACUUGUGCGUGAUUCACUUUAUGAUGGGAGUAGAAUUGCACACCACCGCACUCUCACGUCUCCCACCCGAGCCCGGUGUCAAGACAGAGUCAAAAAAACCGGAGGCGCGGGGGGGGCGCAGGUGGCUGGCACGGUCGAGCCCGCACCUUGGCGCUCAACUAAACACCCCCUGGUCCAUUCAGCAAACGACCGGGAUGUUAACCAACAACAACAGAAGGGGCUGACGCGGCCGUAGUCGCACCUAGACGUGCCGCAAGACCUGGCUUAAAUCCCGUAGAAUGAGAGUGCCAUAAAGUCCACAUUAAGAAGAAGCCAUUGCAGCCUGACCCUUAAAUCACCAGUCGGUCGCUCCAUACAACACCGAACCGACAGCGAGGUCCAAGUUAUCCCGUCGGUUGGCAACCUUCCAAGCCACGGCUUUUAGCUUACCGUGAUAGGUUCAAACGCGUCAGAUUGUUUGUAGUUAGGAAAAUGCGCUGGGUCGUCGACCUCACUCUCCUUUCCCAUUCGCAGGUCCAAACCACUGCUCGAGCUGGUCAGUAGACGGGUGCGAGGAAUGGGCGUGAUGGCUGACAUAUCUAGUGACCUUGUCUGCGCACGCCAUAUACACGACCUGGUCCCCAAACACACACUAAGAUUUCACACAAGGGGGGUUGGGUGGCGUACAUCUCACAUGCGUGAAAGUGCCGUAGGUCACGUUGGAAGGGAGCCGCUUCAGCCUGGCUCUCAGCCCACCAGUCCACCACUCCACAUAAACACACGCAAAACUGGACAGACUGCGUGGGCUGAGUUUGGGCGUCAGUCAGCAACCUUCCAAGCCACGACGUUUGACGUACCGUGAUAGUCUCAGACGCGAAUCACUCAUACAGCAGAGGGGCCGCGUGGGGACGGAGCUGAGACGCACGAUUCCCACUUGCGUGAAAGGUGGCAGUUGAAUGCUUGUGGUUGGUGAUGUGCGUUACAGGUGAGGGAAGAUGUAAUGUUGUGGUGUAGCCGGCGGUCGCCCACCGCAGGCUUUCGUAAAUGCGCAUGUAGCCUAAUAGGCCCAUGAGGUGAGUGAAUGUGCGGGUGCAGUGAAGACAGAUGAGGCCGGUUCGGCGAUUGUAUGUUGGUGCUCCAGGCAUUGAUUCGCCGGUCUCUGUGUGUUCGUUUCUCAAGUGACCGGCCAGGCCGAUGUGUGAGUUGAAGGUAUGGGAGCAGCCUGAGCACACAUGUGAGUCGGUCGCACUGAUACCGGUGAACCGGUAUGAGGAACUUCAACAUAAUCAGUCUUCACUCCUGUUUCACUUACGCACACCGACCCAGACAUUCCUUCAUCGCAUGAGACUACUCGGUCAGAUCCGCGCUUACGAGAAUCUUCAGUAGAAACACUGCCCAGACCCGCAACACGAAGCUUCAUCCAACCCAAAGCACUAUCUAGACCCUAUCACCAUAUCCUGCCCUACCUUCACGCACACACCUCUACGCUACACGAGCCUAUUCCACAACAUGCUCAUACUCAACACCUUUCCGCAACACACCCUACACCAUCACUUCUGCAGCAUGUGUGCGCUUCGUUUUGUCAGCAUCGGUAUUGUGGGCGAAACGUCCCAUGCCAGAACAUGUACAUGCAUCUCGUUUGAGAGGAAAUCAGGUCCUUUGAUGUAGCCCGGCCCAUUAAGCGGGAACCAGGUUGUGUAUGACAAGCUGUUUAGCCGUUUAAUUUGCGGAUGGGAGAGAGUGAGGCCAACACUGGAAAACUCAUCCUCAUGGCAAAUCAGACUAUUCCUUGUUUUUAUAGAUCUGACAGACUUGAAUCCGACACGACGCACCAUCAGUCGUGGAUUAGAAGUCUGCCAACUGACAGAGUAACUCGGUCCCUCUCAGAACUGAGCGUCCGGCUUCAACGGCUCCUUAAUGUGGGCCACACGAUAUUCUCACAUAUACGAGUUCCGAACCGCUAGUAUUGUAGCUUGGUGCACAUGUGGCGGUAUUUUGGGGCACACUUAGACGGGCCGUAUAAAUUUGCCAGUCACUGCUCCUAUCCUCCACCUCCGUCUUACGUUUCCUCACCACCCGAACAUGGUAAUUGAGUAGGAUGGAGUGAUGCACAUGCUUCGCAUGUUCGCUCCUCUAUAAACUAAUUCAUACGCAAGUCGCUGCUUCCGGGCUCACCUCGUGCGAUGUCGCUUGCAACGUUCAAACUGUCGUUAAAACGAUGAAUCCCAGAGCGUGUGGAAUUGUUCUAUCAGGGCCUCACGGCCGAACUCGCCUCUACUCAGGGUUGGGGGUCAGCGUGCAAUGAGGAGUCGGUAGCCUCAGUACUUUUUGAGUCGGAAAUAUCGCUGCGGUCAAUUUGCUGCAAAUUACAGUCGAGUCUGUCGUAAAAAUCACUUGUCAAGUUUGCUGCCCAAGCAACAGAGCUGUUUAAGAAGCGUCGGAAACUUCAACACUAAGGCGGCGACAGUUCAACCGCCAUUUCCGAGGAUGUCCCCCCCCCUCUGUGCUCCGCAGCAGGGUGGGAGGAGGGACGGCCACCUGCGCAUGAAUUAGGUUAUAAUGAUUAUAGACUGGCGCUGCGUCUACCCUACCUGGGCCCAGUGUCAAGACAGAGUCAAGAGAACCUGAGAUCGGAAAGGGCACAGAUAGCUGGCACAGCGAAAACUCACAUCUAGGCGUACCACCGCGCACCGUUGUCAACAUCGUGCAACUGACCAGGAUUUUACACAACAAGAGAAUAGGCGGGGGCGAUUUAAAUCCCAACUGGCGCGACAUAGGCGUGCCAUCCCUCUCUAUCCCUCCCACCCAGAAUGAAUAUUACGCUCGAGUAUUUUUACGUAGAGGUGCCUCAAAUAGUUGUUGGUACACGUCAAGAGAGGUCGUCAUACAACCUUUGAAAGGAAAGUAGUGGCAGGUAAUGGCUGUCUGGUAAACUAGACUUAAAUGGAAUUGAGUAAGAAAGAUGGAGACUGGUCGAGCACCGGAAUCAGUUGUUUAUUUUCCUGAGCUUUCGAACUCGUCAGAGAUGAACUCAGCUAGAGAACAAGAAACAGUCAUAUGGGUGGAUGGGAGGGACAAUCAACGACCAGUGCCACAAGUAUAAGUAUGACUAUGCAGGACCGGCGCCAGAGAAGUGCACCAGUGCCGAUCCCUUUCACAUGCCUAUUUCGCUAAACCUAGAUAUAGUUUUUGCAGUCAUUAUGUAUGACUGUGUGGUUUGAUCAACCCCUGAAAAGCCACCAAACAAUCUUGGACUGCUUACCUUUUAGGCAGUUCAACUGGGACUCUGCUCUCAGUCUACUGAGGCAGUGGAUAUCACAGCGGUCCGAUAAUGGUAGCCGACGGUGUUUAUGGCUUUUGGCUGCCAAACUGGUCCAUCUCAUGCGGCAGGUCUUUAAUCUGACUCCUCCUGCCUCCUCUGUUUGUGACAAGGUGGUCACGUUCUGCCAGUCUGUCGUAACUGCGGCUGACUAUCCCCUCGGCUACGUCAGCCAGGUAAGUCAAAUGACUGUUUUUGAAUCCAAUUAAUAAAUUAAUCUCAUUUCUUAAAUCGAGCUUACCAUUCAUAAUCCUGUCGCAUCUUCCUGUUUUCUGCCAGCCACUUUUCACUGAGUUCCAUGUGGCUUUUAUGGAGUUUUGUCAGUCACUGGAUCGUCUUAUCGUCGACAGUGGCAGCGCCGUAUCUCUCCGAAGCCUCGUCGGCCCAGUCGGUGGGCAGGGUAGGGAUACUCUGGGCACGCACCUGCUGACCUCUGAAAGGCAAGUUCGGCUCAACUCGACUGAGGCACUCCUACAAGGCUGUCCGUCCUCAUAUGCCUUUUUCGGUGCCCUGAUUGAAACAUGGGCACAGGAGACCCUCCACCACGCUCGGCACCAGCGGACUCUGAGUGCUGAACAGGCCAUCUGUCUGCUGGAGUUACUCUCAUCUGAUUGGCCAAUUGCGAUCGGGAGUGGGCAGCUAACCAAAACUCAGAGCGAGUCUCUGUUGGCCGAUGUCUUGGUGUGCGCAGCUUCUUGCAUAAACCGAAGUGACUGUAGAAACACCAGGUAGGAGCCCCCCCCCUCCCAGUUAUUAGCAUUAAUUAGUUUAAAAUCACUAGCACUUUGUCGAUGUAAACUGAAAGAACGCCAGUCAUAGGUCCUCUUUUAUAAACAUUAGACCUCGCCUCACCGCUGCGAAACAAGUUCCCCCUUUAACAUUCCCGGCUGUUUUCGGCUGUCGGAAGGACGGUGGUCAUCGACUGGGACCAUUCAUUUGAAUGUGCGUGUGCUUUUGAAUGUAAAUACACCAACUAGUGAAGGCAAUUUUGUUGAAUGUACCAAAAAAGACAAAGGUUAAUAAAGUCGGUUUUGCUAUUUUUAUCUGUAGUUGAUAGCGAAUUUUGAGAGCCUUUUUAAAGAUGCCCAAACUUCUUAAUUUAGUCAAAGCAAUCGGCUUCUUGUUGCUUCUGAACGUUAUAUAAUUCACUUCGGAUACUUUUCGUUUCUAUCAAACCUACCAACACUAAAUAUUCUUUCUAUGGAUCUGAAAAAACUUCAUUUUAAAAUUUCGGCUUAUUGCCGUCCUCAGUCAUUGUGUCCACAUUUGUUAUAACUUAAGAGAGCCCAUUUGACAAUCUCAUUCUUUUGGAAACACUGAAUGAAUUGCGUUUCUGUAACCUUUUUGAAAUAUUUGUUGUCCUGGUUUCGAAGGGUUCGGAGAAAGCGCUGUUGAGCUUGAUAGUAAUAUAAAGCUCAAAGACCAACUAAGCCCUACAGUUAAGGUGAAAGGCAGAAGCUAGGUGCCAAAACUGUCUUCCCAUCCAACUACGAUAUCCUUACCCACACGGGAUUUAGAGCACUGGUGUUAACUCUAUUUAAGCCUUUUUCACAUGCGCCUUCCAGCCGGUAUCUUGUGUCAAAUGAUUUCUAUGCAGCUUGAUAUUUUAGGUAAGUCUUGUUCGAUCGCUUAAUUGAUAGGGGUGAAUAAACGGAGAAUAUAAUGUCUACGGGGUUUUCGUUACCGCAAUUAAUACUUUUUCCCUAUUUCCAAACGAUUCGUCUCCUCUGAUGCGAGCAAGAAGCUCGUGUGCCAUUUUACCAAGUAUUCGGAAUUCUUGGGAACUCACCAUAAUUUACACUGCCUUUAUUGGCAGGUAAAAUUGAAGUUUGCAUUUUGACUAAGCCUUCGCCAUAGAGCGCCUGGGCGUCGGUAGUGGACUGCGUGAGGGCAUGAGUACACCCAAGCAGGCUGUAAAGGGACUUUUAUGGACCAAUAGGAACGCUCUCCUCUACCCUCCCCCUCCCUCACCGAAAUCCCAAAAUGACUCCAGCGACAAGUCUGUGGGGCAACUGAUUUUUUUGAGAGUCAGAGUCAUUUUUUGGCUUGAGCUUGCUCAAGUAUCACUACUUGGUUGGUCGUUGUCCCCAAACCUCAUGUCUCAGCCACGCUAUUGCGGGCAAUGCGUGGGGACCUAGUAAAGGCCUUUUAAUCCUUACCCAUAUUUUACUCACCCCUCUCCCACUCAACUCUCCUAGUUGUCAUUUUAGGAAUUAUUUGGCCUGGUGGAUCUCAAGCCUGGAGUUGUGUCUCUCUGCCGGCGCGCCCGUGAGAACGCGAACCACCGCCGCAGCUGCCAUCCUGGUGUGGCUUAUGAACGAGGAUGUCAGCGGCGGUUCGAGAUCCCGCCGAAAAUUCUGUUCACUGACGACUGACGAAAGGGCCAAGUAA